GCAGCUUUGCAGGCAAGCUCCGAAACUCAAUGUUUGCUGGGCGGGGCCGUGACGUCCUUGGCGUUGCUGCUGGGGAGGCCGCGGCGGGGAAAAUGGCGGACGGGAAGGCGGGAGAGGAGAAGCCUGAGAAACCGCAGCGAUCUGGAGCCGCCGGAGGACCUGAAGAAGAAGCAGAAAAACCUGUGAAAACUAAGACUGUUUCUUCCAGUAAUGGAGGGGAAAGUUCCAGUCGCAGCGCUGAGAAGCGAUCAGCUGAAGAAGAAGCUGCAGACCUCCCAACAAAGCCUACAAAGAUCUCCAAGUUUGGAUUUGCCAUAGGUAGUCAGACGACAAAGAAAGCCUCAGCCAUAUCCAUCAAACUUGGAUCAAGUAAGCCUAAAGAAACUGUUCCAACGCUUGCUCCAAAAACCCUUUCAGUAGCAGCAGCUUUUAAUGAAGAUGAAGAUGUAAGUCAACACCUAGUUUUAUUUUACUUUAACCAGUUAGUUCUUUAAAGAAGAUGUUAGUAG